AACUAAACUACGCACUGUGGGAACUGUCUUAUUCUACACACCCCAGAUUUCUUAACGCACACGCUUUCAGUAUUGUUCCUAUCACGCAGGUUGUACCUCUUUUCCUGUUAACAAUCGUCUCUUCUGAUCACUCGAUUCUCACUAUUUCUUGCUAGAGAUGGGUACACUAUUCAAAUCGAGCUUUCUUUUGUUGUUUCUUUGGUUUAUUCUGUCACCGACUGCGUAUUCGGGCCCUAAUGGUGGAUUGGUUAGAGUCGGACUAAAAAAGAGGAAAAUCAACCAAUUGAACCAAGUUGGUGGACACGCUGGCUCGAAUGAAGGAAAUGCUAGAAGAAAUCACGUUGUUCGUGGUAAUUUCGGGGAUUCGGAGAGCGACAUUAUUGCCCUAAACAAUUACAUGGAUGCUCAGUAUUAUGGUGAGAUUGGUAUUGGUACUCCGCCUCAGAAGUUCACCGUGAUUUUUGACACUGGUAGUUCUAAUCUGUGGGUCCCUUCUGCAAAGUGCUACUUCUCAGUCGCUUGCCUCUUUCACUCUAAGUAUAAGUCCAGCCACUCAAGUUCCUAUGAGAAAAAUGGUAAAUCGGCUGCAAUUCAGUAUGGAACUGGCUCUAUCUCCGGUUUCUUUAGCAAAGACUCUGUGAAGCUUGGUGACCUUGUUGUAAAAGGACAGGAUUUUAUAGAGGCAACUAAAGAGCCCGGUAUCACUUUCUUGGCAGCCAAGUUUGAUGGUAUACUUGGCCUUGGGUUUCAAGAAAUCUCUGUUGGUGAUGCUGUUCCUGUUUGGUACAACAUGGUGGAACAAGGUCUUGUUCCCGAACCCGUAUUUUCAUUCUGGCUUAAUCGCAAUGCUGACGAGGGUGAAGGGGGUGAACUUGUGUUUGGUGGGGUUGAUGCCACUCAUUUCAAGGGUGAACACACAUAUGUCCCCGUGACUCAAAAAGGCUACUGGCAGUUUGAUAUGGGUGAGGUCCUGAUUGGUGAUAAAACAACCGGAUUUUGCGACAAUGGUUGUGCGGCAAUUGCUGAUUCUGGAACUUCUUUGUUGGCUGGUCCAACGGCUGUUGUUACGCAAAUCAAUCAAGCCAUUGGUGCUGCUGGAGUUAUGAGCCAACAGUGCAAGACGUUGGUCGAUCAGUACGGAAAAUCUAUAAUUGAGAUGCUACUAUCUGAGACGCAACCUGAAAAAGUCUGCUCUCAAAUGAAGUUAUGCACCUUUGACGGUUCUCAUGAUACUAGCAUGAUAAUCGAGAGUGUAGUUGACAAGAAUAACGGAAAAUCAUCUGGUGUACAUGAUGAGAUGUGUACUCUCUGUGAGAUGGCAGUUGUCUGGAUGCAAAACCAGAUCAAGCGAAAUGAGACCGAAGAUCAAAUAAUUAACUAUGUUGAUCAGCUGUGUGAGCGGAUACCAAGUCCAAUGGGUGAAUCUGGAGUUGACUGCAACAGUCUUUCAUCCAUGCCUCAUAUCGCAUUUACCAUUGGUGGUAAAACUUUUGACCUCUCACCCGAGGAGUAUGUCCUGAAAGUUGGUGAAGGAGCAGCAGCACAAUGCAUUAGUGGAUUUACUGCUCUUGAUGUGGCUCCUCCUCGUGGGCCCCUAUGGAUCUUGGGAGAUAUUUUCAUGGGUAAAUACCACACGGUGUUUGACUAUGGUAAAUUACGAGUCGGGUUUGCAGAAGCAGUUUGAGACCUCUAGUUUAUCAUCAUCAUCAUCAACAUGCUUGUUUCAUGUAAAUGUGGCAAUAAAUAUAUCACACAUAUAUAAACGUAAAAGUUUGCUGGCGUAUGUUACUUGUGGAACAAGUAAAAGGUUAAAACUCGAUGUUUAUUUACCGUCUUAUAAGUUAUGCCUAGGGUUUGUGUAAAAUUUGACCGUUUAAGCUUUCAUCGUGUGGAUCUGUUUUAUUUUGUAUUUUUUA